GUCGACUAGCGGAGGCGUCCAAGCGUCCAUCCCACCUCUGACUAUAAAAAGGUGUUUCUGAUCAACGCAAACCAUCAGUCUGCUAGCCUAUCACUCACCGUCAACAUGAAACUGUUCUUGAUUGCUGUUGUCUUGGCUGUUGCCUCCGCCGCUCCAUCCAGCUACAAAAAGGAGUACAAAGCUCCUGAAAUCACGAUCGUGAGCCAAUCCGACGAGCGCAAUCUCGACGGAAGCAGCGCAUGGAGCUAUGCUGGAUCUGACGGAACAACCCGUGAAGAGUCUCAGGCGCAAAAGAAAUUCGUUGUGACCACCGUCGACUCUUACGGCAAGGAAAUCAAACAGGAAGUCUUUGGUAACACCAACAAAGGAAAGUCCUACUGGAUUUCUCCAGAAGGCCAGCGAUUCACUCUGACCUGGGCCGCUGACGACGCUGGAUUCCAACCAAAGGGCGACCACUUGCCCGUUGCUCCCGUUCACGAAUACGAGCUCCCCGUUGCUCCCGUCCAUAUCCCCUUUAACGGAAAGGGUUACAAGAUUUACUAGAUUCCCCCUACAAGAAACGUCGCAUAAAUUAUUUCCGUGUUGUCUAUAGAAGAAUGCCUUUAAUGUGUUGUGAAUAAACGUAGAUGCAAACGCA